AUUGCUGGGAAGAAGAAGUACAGUUGAGGUUUGGACUUUGGAGAAGGAGGUAGCUCUGUGAAAAGGAAUUCUUCUUACCUGAGAAGCCGCUAGUACUUUUGGACGGAGAUUUCCUGCGUACACAUCCCCCAGAGAGGACUGCAACGCCAACAUUUCUGUUUUAGGCCAUGGCUGACGUCGAGAUCUUAGAGGACCGAGACAAGCUGAAGCGAGGCCUGGUGAAGGUGUUGGAGUGUGUAGCCACCAUCUCAUCAGCAGCUGCUGUGGUGAACCCCAUCUUCGGUGUGGCAGGCUCACUGAUCCGCGUCGUGCUCCACCACGUGGAUGAUGAGGAGAUUCAAACCCUCCGACGCGAGUUUGGCAGCGUGAACCGAGCCUUGGAUAAGCUUACAGACCAGAACCGCAGCGCGUUGCUCCAGAUCAAGAAGGAGACAUUGGACGGGCAGUACAACAGCGUAGAGCAGAACCUACGCAACCAGUUCCGUAAGUUCAUGGAGGUGGUGGAGGCACGGCCCGAGCACAAGGAGCGCAAGCGCGAUGAUUUCGAGGAAAGCUAUGCCAACGACAUGGGCGACCAAAACCUGCACACACUCUAUGAUGGCGUAAUGGGCAAGCCCAAGCUCUUCAGCCGGCCCAUCCUCGAGGUCUACAUGACUCACUCACAAGGAGAUCGUAGGGUGAUGGAGAACCUGUGCACACGCCUCACCUACCUGUUCUGCAUCGGCCUCAUCGCUCUGAUUGGUUACGCCGCCAUCAUUGGUGAUGAUGAGGAGGGCCUGAGUGAGGAGUGGGCCGAGAAGAUGGAGAACGUGCAAGAGAGGAUGCAGGAGGUGCUCCGGAGGUGCAAGUGAUUCCUUCCCCCUGACACACACACACACACACACACACACACACAUAUAUUGAGGACUCCUUAUGUAUUCCAUAAAAGCCUAUGCUAUGUCUUUUUUGGUCUCAGAUUGUCCUCCACUCACGUCUCUGUCAUGAAUUAUAUAUUCUCUAGGGCCUCACUGUUACUGAUGGUGUGUGUUUUUUUUUUUUAUUAUUACUGAGUCACUCACAUCAUCCUCUUGAGGAUUCUCCCUUUACUCUUUAAAGAAUUGAAGACUUUAAAGCCAAAGAUCCGUCAAAAUUCUUAUCAAAGUGGUCAGGGUUUUAAAACCAACUGCUUUUUGAGAUUCAUUUGAUUGUACUACAAUAUCCUUAGAGGUUUAUGCACCAUGUUGACUAAAGCCCCGUCCACACGUACAGUUUUGAAACCAUCAUUUUUCACAUGAGAAUGGUGUCAUUUCUUAUGUGAUAAUGUCAAAUUUAUUCACUGAGUCUUGUUUUAUUAUUACACGCUUGUCACAUGCUCAUGUGAGAGUUUUCAAAUCGUUUUUUUUUUUUUUUUUUUGUCUUUUCCUGUGAAUGGAAAUAUUUUUCUUCUUCUUGUGGAGAGGAAUGUUUUUUCGAAGCACGUGUAGCUGUAUACGUGUGGACAGGGCCUAACUGUCAUUUUAAGACCCCGACUCUACAAAACCAAUAUUUCAUGUUAGCUGGUGUUGAAUAUUAUGAACAGAUUCCCACCCUUAUGUUAUAUUUUUCACCUUCAGUUUGAUGGUUAUUAUAAAAGGAGUCUGUGGAUGCCAGAACUUAAAGCUAAAGCUAAUUGUAGGAAUGUAUUUGGCCUAUUUACAUGCGCACACACACACUGUUCUUUUGCUGUGUGUGCGCGUGUGUGUGUGUGUGUGCGGUUAAUGGUAUUGGUUUCUCCGUGUCACCUUCACACCCAGUUGUCUGCGACUGGUUUUUCCAAAUCCAUUCAUCCAGCAGCACUUCCUACGGUUCUACUAAAGCAUCUAAACCAUCUAAAACAAAGAAUGUUGUGUAUUUGGUGUUGUAAACACUAACUAAAGUUUACUCUUGUGAUAACUGUUGGAACACUACUUGGGUUUGGACACCCUCAGCUAACACUACAUGCUUAUGACUUACAGCAUGAGUUUGCUCGCGUCACGUUAACAUGUAACACUAAAGGUAAACUUGAGCCUUAUGAGAUUAAACACUACAAACAUCCCAAGUUCAUAUUUUUCUUUAAACUUAUUGCAGUCCUGCUUUACUGUCUUAAACAACAGUCUGGUUACAUCAGUAUGGCAUUAUAUGCGAUAAGCCUCUUUUACGUGGAAAGCCAAGUGUUGUCUAACUGCUUUGAAAUCCUUGAUCUUUAAUAUAAAGAAUGUAAAGAUGUGCAGCUGUUUGUGGAAAGGUUUGCUACACUACAUAAGGUAACGGUCUGUCACUUGCUGGAAUAAGGAGUGGUUUGAAAGCAUGAGCUGAAGUGCUUUUUAAUUAUUAUUAUUAUUAUUUUUUAAAUAAACUACUGCUUUUUUUGUGUCAGGCUUAAAAAACCUUAUCCUUAUUGUUUCCCUUUGUACACAUAUUGACACUACGUCAAAAGUUUUUUGAACCCCUUUAUUACAGUUUAAUCACCGUUAUUGACGAGGACCAAACAAAUAGAUGCGAGUAAAAAAAGAAAGUCCUGACGAGACUCGAGGACUUGAGGCAAUUAAUCCUAUAGUUAUAGAUGAGGUCUUCUGUCUCAGAUUCGCUUCACAGCUGCUCGUGUUGGAUAACAGAAUCUGACUCCUAACUCUAUUUAGACUGGCAUUAUAUACCUUCAGCAUCAAUUCAGAACAAGCUGCUUAAAAGUGCACACUCAUCUAAGUGCAUGCCAUUAGUGCCUCCUGCAUAUAUUACUGUUCCUUAUAUCUACUUUCACUUUGUUCGACGAAUCCAUUACUCUCUCUUUGCUUUUCUCUGUGCUGGAUCGAACAAUAUGUAGAUAGCCUUUGUCAUGUCUAUAUAUACACACACAACUGAACUCUCUCUAUAUAUCUGCUUAAAGUCAGUUAUCGUGCACUUUUAAAAUGAGAACAGUUAUAGAUCUUUCUAAGACACAGCUCAUUGUCUCUGGCAAAUUGGGGAAAAAUUGGCAAAAAAAUAAAUAAAAUUGGUGGACAAUGAGAGGUGUUGUGAAAAUGAAGAUGGUUUCCUGUUCUUCGAUGAUUUUUUUUUAGUUGCUGAUCAGUGAUGUAUAAAAAAAAAAUGCACUACCAAUAAAGAUAUAAGUAUA